CAUCAACCGGCGCAGCUCGCAUCAGCAGCAGCAGCAGCACAGCGGAAUGAGCGCGCACGGCGCAUCUUAAUCACCUCGCUAGCCGGGUCCGCCCGCCAGCUCCGCCCGCCAGCUCCCCGCGUUCACGUGCACGCAUUGUGCCUCCCGUGCGCGCGCACACACACACGCACGUCCACGGCAACCCGCGCGCAUCAUUGAAGACACGGAGGAGAGCGCGAGAGAGAGAGAGCGCGAGGGGGACACGGACAGAGAGGGGGCAAGGGACAAGCGAGAGAGAGGGCUCCGUAAGGCGCGGACUCGCCCGCUUUCGCAUCUGUUCAGGCCCGUCGCGUGUGGCUAUCGUUUUUCUUUUCUCUCUCUCUGCUGCAGACGGAUUUGGCGAAGGUUAGAAAGUGCAACAGCGCAUAGAGGAGUCGGUGGGGGGGGGGUGGUGGGCUCACAUUGCCUCUCGUCCCCUCCCGCGUCUGGCCGGCUCUCCCUUCGCUCGCCGCUGCAAGCGCUCCCGCGCAGUACACACUGCGUGCGUGCGUGCGCGUCUGUGCGCGCGUGUGAACACACACACACACUCAGGCGCGCCACCACGCACACACAACAACAACAACAUUCACUCCCUCUCAGGUCGCUCGCCGAGAGUGGUGGUGGGGGGGGGGCAUUCCGGUGAUGCUGCCCUGAGACAUUAAGAGGUGAGCUCCGGCUAUUCGGUUGUGGCAGAGAGUGAGUGCAGGAGGCGUCGUGCGACCCACCAAGUCCCGGCGCUGUAUCUCCUCCGUCUCUGACCCCCCCCCGUGCCCGCCCGCCCGCCCGCCCGCUUCUCUGCCUUUUUUUCUGCGCGUGUGCGUGGGGGGUAUCUCUUGCGGACCAAGAUAAGUGGUUCUUGCCGCAGCGAAAUCAGUGCGGUGUACCCUACCGCGCCUUACGGCCAGACAAGACCCCCCCUACCUUGCAUCGCGCCGUCGGGAAAAGCGAGCGGCAUUGUCUGUGCUUCGAGGAGCAGCAGCGGCAGUUGUUUGGCGGGUGAAAGCUGGCGAGAUUAUGCGCCGCACCUCGCCUCGGUCGUCACAUUGACGCCUCCAGACAUCCCAUCCCCGCGCUCACUCGCCGACGGCGGCGGCGGCGGUGGUGGUGUGCACCGCUCCGAAGCGCAUCGUCUAUCGGGAACGUGCCGAGCGGUGGUGGUGGUGGUGGCGGUGUCGGCUCGCCGUGCGUGUCCGGGGCUGCGCGCACCGUCACGCUUUCUCGCCGUUACCACCGUGAAACUGGACUUUUGCCGUCGCUGCUCGUGAAUGACAACGCCGUGAAUUGAGAUUGCGCGCAGGCAGCAGCAGCGGUGACGAAGAAGAAGAAGACGACUGCACGAAGCAAGGAGAGGGAGGGAGAAAUAGUGCAGCGUGAUCGCGUCUGUCGGGACAUUGCCGCGCACACGCAACCGACUGCCACCGCGGUGAGUGAGCGAGUCGGCGAGCCAGUUGGACCCGCCGCUCACUUCACGAAGACUCUUCCGGAUGUUGUGAAUUGCGCUCCAACAAGUCAGCUGCUCUUCCUCGCGUCUCGGCAUCGCUCCCCAGACUCUGGUCCCUGGCUUACCUUUCCUUUCACAUCUUGUACCCCCCCCCCUCCACACCGCCCGCACCCCCUGGGGCAUCUGCUCCCGAGAACCUAACCCCUGGUCACCCCGUGGACUGCCGCCGCCGACCUUGACCGCCACUCUCAAUCGCUCGGAGAUGGCAGCCGGGGUGGCAGCGUGGCUCCCGUUCGCCCGGGCGGCGGCCAUCGGGUGGAUGCCCGUGGCCACCAGCCCCAUGCCCCCGGCUCCGCGCGAGAAGAAGCACCAGGAUGAGCUGAUGGUGCUCAACGUGAGCGGCCGCCGCUUCCAGACGUGGCGCAACACCAUGGAGCGGUACCCGGACACCCUGCUGGGCAGCAGCGAGCGCGAGUUCUUCUUCAACGAGGACACCAAGGAGUACUUCUUCGACCGCGACCCGGAGACGUUCAGGCACAUCCUGAACUUCUACCGCACGGGCAAGCUGCACUACCCGAGGCACGAGUGCAUCAUGGCCUACGACGAGGAGCUCGCCUUCUUCGGCAUCAUCCCCGAGAUCAUCGGCGACUGCUGCUACGAGGAGUACAAGGACAGGAAGCGAGAGAACCAGGAGAGGAUCCAGGACGACAUCGACUCGGAGAUCAAUCCGGACAGCCUGCUGCCGAGGACCAACUCCCGGGAGCGCAUGUGGCGCGCCUUCGAGAACCCGCACACGAGCACCUUGGCGCUCGUCUUCUACUACGUGACGGGCUUCUUCAUCGCCGUGUCGGUGAUCGCCAACGUGGUGGAGACGGUGCCGUGCGGCGCCAUGCCGGGCACGGUGCGCGACUUGCCGUGCGGGGAGCGAUACGCGCUCGCCUUCUUCUGCCUGGACACGGCGUGCGUCAUGAUAUUCACCGUCGAGUACCUGCUACGCCUCUUCGCCGCGCCCAGCCGCUACAAGUUUAUACGGAGCGUCAUGAGCAUCAUCGACGUGGUGGCCAUCAUGCCCUACUACAUCGGCCUCGUCAUGACGGACAACGAGGACGUGAGCGGCGCCUUUGUGACGCUGCGCGUCUUCCGAGUCUUCCGCAUCUUCAAAUUCUCGAGGCACUCGCAGGGGCUGCGCAUCCUGGGCUACACCCUCAAGAGCUGCGCCUCCGAGCUCGGCUUCCUGCUCUUCUCGCUCACGAUGGCCAUCAUCAUCUUCGCCACGGUCAUGUUCUACGCCGAGAAGGGCUCCUCCGCCAGCAAGUUCACGAGCAUCCCGGCCGCCUUCUGGUACACCAUCGUCACCAUGACCACCCUGGGAUACGGAGACAUGGUGCCCAAGACCAUCGCUGGCAAGAUCUUCGGCUCCAUCUGCUCCCUGAGCGGCGUGCUGGUGAUCGCUCUCCCCGUGCCUGUCAUCGUCUCCAACUUCAGCCGCAUCUACCACCAGAACCAGCGUGCGGACAAGCGGCGCGCCCAGAAGAAAGCAAGAUUGGCCCGGAUCCGUGUGGCGAAGAGUGGGAGCUCGCACGCCUACCUUCAGAGCAAAAAGAAUGGCAAAUUAAUGGAUGCCAUUGAGCAAGUACGCCAAGAAUUAUCAAACAAUGCGAGUUCUUGUGAUGAAGGUCAAGCGCUCGUGGUCAAAUCCCCGUCGUCCUUCGAGAUGCAGCAUCACCAUCUGCUGCACUGCCUGGAGAAGACCACGGGGUUGUCCUAUCUAGUGGAUGAUCCAUACUGUUCCAUCCCUGCUGCACGGGCUACAAAGAACCACGAGUUCGUGGACGAGAAGGUGUUCGAGGACAACUGCCUGGAGGGAUCCGUGGGACACCGCACGCCCAGCCGCAGCCCCUCGCUCUCCUCCCACAUGCACAGCCUCACGGGCACGUGCUGCUCCCGCCGGGGGAACAAAAAGGCCUUCCGCCUGCCCAACUCCAACAUCUCUGGCAGCGGCGUCGGCAGCGCGCAGGAGCUCAACACCAUCCAGAUCCGCUCGCUGGAGCGAGCCACGCAUUUGCCCAACAGGCGCGAGAGUCUCAACGCCAAGCUGGAGGAGACGGCCAAGCUCAACUGCGACCCAUCUCACAUGACGACGGCAAUCAUCAGCAUCCCGACGCCGACCACCACGCCCGAAGGAGAGAACCGGCCCCCGUCCCCCGGCGCUGCCCACCACCCCUCCAGCCAGGCCAGCCCCAGCGUCAUCAAGAUCUCCGCCUUGUGAGGCCACCGAUACAUAAAGUCGUUCAUUUUUCGGGUGGUUUGAUUUCUUUUUUUUGGUUGCCUUGCGAUGGGCCCUGGAGGAGGAGGAGGAGGAGAAGGAGGAGGCAGAGUGGCGAGGAAGAGAAGGAGGAGGGUGGCUGGGAAGAGGAGGAUGGUGGCUGGAAGCCCCCAGGUGCUCCAGCACGAUGGAGAGUGGAGGCCACAGGCAGGUUUUACUGGCGGAGGGGCCGCGAGCAAGAGCCGACGGGAGGAGGAGGACUCCCGUUCGCAAGCACGGAGACGGUGCCGGGAGCAGAACUACUCUGGCGGGAGGCUCCGUGGGGGUCUGCACACAGAGAGGAGAAGAGAGUUUCGGUCUGGUUACGUUUUUUUGCUGCUGCCGAUGCUGUCUCCAGACUGUGUCCGAGAAUGGAAUAUUUAUUUAAUUUUAUGCAGAGAGCACGUGGAAGUAAAUAUGUAUUAGCUGUUUAUAUUAAGCUUCACGGAAUUUUAGUCUUGAGUUUCACAAUGUGAAUACAAUGGAAUGAGGCUAGUUUCUCAAGUUUCUUACUGUGUGUGCGUGCGCACAGCUCCCGUGCACCUGUAUAUUCUGUCACCUGUGCGUUUUGUUCGUUUCGUCGUAUGCAUGACCACUCGUCCGUGCACAUUUGAAAGAGGCGCGUUUCUCUCUGAGUGUUUGGAAUUCGGUGCAAUUCAGGUUUCACUGUUGGAAGGGUUUGAGGAAUCGUAACAGUUUUGUGUAUAUUACACAGAUAAUGGCCAGCUUUAUGCAUGUCAUCAUCAGGACGUUUUGUUGGUAAGCAAGAAAGAUUUCUAUCAGGUACUGCAAAGUUACAGUUACUGUUUUAUUUUGAUAAAAUUAUACCUUUACCCUUGCACAUUCUUUGUUCGUGUGUACAUUAAGGGAAUUGAUUGCGGAGAAUUUUUCAGACUUUUCAAGAUUGCACCGAAGCCGAGUGUGAAACAACAUUUUCACGAGCAUAAGGUUUGAGAAUGUUGUGUUUUGGGUUUAUGAUGAUGAUGAUGAUGAUUAUUAUUAUUUUGAGAUGAACACGAACCCAGCUCGGCUUCCUUCAUGGUAAGCAAAUGGCUUCAGCAAGAAUUGCUGUUCGAAAAUGUGACAUCUUUCAACCAUCGUAUAAUAUAAACAGGUGGUGGUUCUCACACCCAUGACAAUGUUACAAGACAUCUUAGUUUUUAAUAGUCCAGCCUUGUGUAUUUAUAAUGGAUAAUGGAAAUGCUGUAAUUCUAUGGACAACACGUAUUCAGACACAUGCAUGGCUUCAAAAAAGAAAUGCUCCAGUGUUAUCUUUCCUAGGUAGUAACUUUGUGUUAGUACCAUAACCCCCUAACCUUUUACAUGUGUUGUUGAUGCCAAAUAUGUUUAAAAAAAUUAUAAUGUAUUUUAAAAAAAAACAGGCAUUUUUUCCAUACAGUAGUGCUGCAUAGAGUUUAAAUGCUUCAUUGCAGCAUAGCUAUCAAAAGUACAGAGGUUAGGUAGAACAGACAUCUGCAAAACACGUGCUUGGAUUUAAUGAAGUUGGGCCACACUAUCACUGCAGCGGUUUUGCUGUGACCUGAUCAGAAGGGAACCCCACACGGGGCUGAUGAUGGUUUCACUGAAUACAGGGUAGUGGUAUAAUACAUUCACAUAUAUAUGUUCAUGCUGACUUCGGACCAGAUACUUCCAAAUCACUUUGUUGUUGGAGGUUUAUGCAAUAAUAAUAAAAAAAAUCAAUAAGUAAAAAAAAGUGAAAACAUUAAAAAAACACAAAGCCAGCAGUUUCCGAUCACACGUCUAACGGCAGUGGGUUUCUUACCGCAAAAGUUUUUUUGAAAGGAAGUGUACAAACGGUUUAGGGCCUUCUGAUUUUGAAAUGGAAUGUACGGUGCAUUGCGUUGCGUGGACUAACGCUUUAUUGUCGUCGUGAACUUAUUUUAACUGUCUACGUGUCUGCUUCGGGUUUCGGAGGUCGUGAAAUUGGCGUGCUGAAGUGACUCGCUUUGGGGACGUUAUAGAAGGAAAGAGACAACAGGAAGUCCGUACAAAAAAAUGUUUUUUGCCUGGCUAUUUGUUCCUUACAGGACUGGGACGUGACACAUCUUCUCUAGUUUUUUGACGCGUGAACCUCUAGAAUUGCCGUUAGCACAUUUCGUGAAAUAAACCAACAGACAGCUACUUGCAUAGUUCACUGUGUUAGGUCUCACACAUGUCUGCAUUGUUAUACGUUCUCCUUUAUUCCAAUUGGUUUUGUAAAGAUGCACAAAUCUGUUAUAAAAUCGCUUGUGCAACACUGAGCAAAUAAAAUGAAUCUUUGCAUGCUUAAUAUGCAUUAAGUGCAAUGUAUCUAGUGCUCAUGUCCAGUCCCCCAUCACCAUAUAGAGUAGGUCCUUUUUUUUGCGCUCUCUUUGAAAGAAGUUUAAUAUAUCGGUCAACAUCCAUUCUCUUUCUCUGUUAAAUAAACUAGUUUUAAGUGGAUAUGCGCAAGAGAAAACAGUUCAAUAAAAUUUGUGAAUUCAUUUAA